AAAAAAAUAAGUUUUUUAAUUUUAAUUUCAAAAAUGUGCAAAGUAAUUGUAUUAUUUGAUGGUUACUCUAUAAAACUUGACGAUGGAACAAUGAAAGCAAAUUGUACUUGUACAUUAAUAAAGGCAUCCAAGAAUAUUAUUGUUGAUACUAUGACAGCUUGGGAUCGAGAAAAAAUAAUACAAGCACUUACUAAACAUAAUAUUACACCUGAUAAAAUUGAUUAUGUUGUUUGUACUCAUAGCCAUGCUGAUCAUAUAGGAAACAAUAAUCUUUUUAUAAAUGCAGAACAUAUAAUAGGAACAUGUGUACAUCGUGGAGAAUUAUUUUUCGAUAAAGAUUUAAAAAAUGGAUAUCAAAUUUGUCCAGAAGUUAAAGUUAUAGCAACUCCUGGUCAUACAAUGGAUGAUGUUACAGUUUUAGUUGAAACUACAGUUUCUGAAAAACCUACAUGUUUUGCUAUUACAGGUGAUUUAUUCGAAAAAGAAGAAGAUAUACUAAAUCCAUUCAUUUGGAAGGAAUUAGGAACUAAAGAAUUACAAAAAGUUCAAUCACACAUGCGAUCUUAUAUAAUUAAUUUGGCAAAUUUUAUAAUACCAGGUCAUGGACCAAUGUUUGUUGUCACUAAUGAUAUGAAAAGAAUUAUUAAAAAUCAAAUAAUUAUAUAAUAUAAUAAUUAUAUAUUAUAUUAUAUUAAUAUUAAUAUAUAUAUAUAUUUAGACAUAUUUUUAAUGUACAUAAAUUUACAUUUAAUUAAAUUUGAUAUAUUUUCAUUUUGUUUUUACAAAUACUUUAUUAAAACACUAUAAGUGUACAUAGUA